AUGCCAUCUAAAAAACAUAAUGAUAAAUAUUUGAAUAGAAGAGACAUUUUUGGGAGAGAUUACUCCUGUAUAUUGAGUUCGCUGCGAAAUAUUGAAAUGUAUGAUGAAAUCGAUCCUUAUAGCCAUGAUCUUGAGAAUGGUUACACUCCAUUACACAUAACUUUAAAGCAAAAUCAAUUGAAAAAAGCAUUUAAGAUAUACAAGAUUUGGAAAACAGAGAAAGCGUUUCCACUAAAUAAACAAUAUAGUCAUAUAUUGAAUGAAAAGGAUCGGGAAGGCUUAUCACCGAUAGAUUUAUAUAAUCUACAGUUCCAAAAUAAGAUAAGACGUUAUCCAAAACAGUUUAAAUACAUUUAUCCGCAUAAACCAAAUGAAUUAUUCAUUGAGUGGCAACCUACAGAAGAAAAUCUGACUUUCGAAUCUACGUCUUCCAUGAUGACACUUCCUAAAUCUAUAGAGGAGGAGAAAUAUCUAAAAGAAAAUAGAGGUUCUCAUAUUCUAACACUUGGUUCAAAUACAAACUAUCAGUUAGGAACAGGCAAUAAAGAUGACAGACAGAAUUUCUUCCAAAUGCAUAUUAACCAAAUUAAAGAUAUGGUUUUCCCACCAAGUAAUGAUAAAUUUAAAGAGAUCAAGAUGACAAAAUACCAUUGCAUCGUAAGAACAACUGAUGAUACAGUUUUCAGCUGCGGUAGUAGUACAAGAGGUAGACUGGGAAAUGGCUCCACGGAGAAACCCUCAUUCAAUUUUUCCAAGAUAUUAGAUUUCAGAGAAUCUGGUAUUAAAAGUUUACAGACAAGUGACAAUCAUAGUGUUCUCUUAGAUAGAGAUGGAAAUUUGUUUACUUGGGGUUGGAAUGCUUUUAAUCAAUUAUGCUACACAACAACAAAUACCACUGUACGGAAACAUGAUGAAAAGAAUAUGGAUACUUUAAACAGUAGCAUUCCAAGGAAGGUUCAUUUUUUUGACGACAAAAAUGUUUCGUUAAUUGCAUGUUCCCCAAUUCACACUUGUGUGUUAACCAAUGAUAAUAUGUUAUAUAUGUGGGGAUUAAAUGUUGGGCAGAUGGGCAGCUCCAAAUUGUCUCACAUUUCACCUGAUGCUGAAUAUAUGGGUGAAUUUGGUCACAUUAUGACAAAACCAAUAGUGGUUAACUUAUCGCACUUAGAGAUUGAACAAAUUGUUGCAACAGAGUUUGUUACAUUCUGUAGAUGUAAAGGAAAUACACUGGUCGUAUUAUCUGAUCACAACAUGAAGACAUUUAGAAUUUCUGUGCCUCACUCAAAAAAUUAUAAAGAAAUUGAUACAUUCAAACAUUUCGCCCAUAGAGGUAUUCACAAUGAGGCUAUUGAUAUCAAAUGCUCCAAUCCCUCUGGAAACAAUCUUUGUAUUAGGUUUAGCUGUGGCAGAGUGGGUAUCGUAUCACCCAAAAAUGAUUCAAUAAAUAGAUGGGCCAAAUUUUCCAACAAUUUACCUAUAUCCUUAUAUUGGAAUCCUGAUAGAACCAUGCAUAAUUGUUUGGAUUUUGAUGUUGGAUCAAAUGGUGGUCUAAUCGUAUGCACAUAUGGAGGUGAAGUUUUUAUGGCUAAUACUUUUACUGAAAAGUUCACGAAGGUACAUAGUAGUAAACUGAUCUCUGGUAGGGCCAUCUCUGUUUCGUGUGAUUCAUCGUUUGACUCGUUUGCGAUAAUAAAAGACGAAUGUAACCCAAUUGACUUACCAUUCAAAGGAAAUGAUGUCAGAAAUAACUUUAAACAGUAUUCUCCUUUGAAUCAUUCGAAAAGAAUUCCAUAUGAGUCUAUAACCUAUGGUGAAUAUUAUAAAGAAGACCAAUUAAUGAAUGAGGGUACGCCAGGGACUAAAAUUUUUGAACAUAUAAUUCAUAAUAACAUAAAACAAUUUGCUUAUGAUGUUGAGUUUGUCAACAAUUUAGAACCAGCUAGUUCAUGGGGUUGUCAUAAGCUUAUCUUGAAGAGAUGCAAAACUCUUUUAAAAUAUUUAAAGGAAACUGGUUCUUUUAAUAUAAAAGAUGGGAUGCUUAUUUUUAAAUUGGAGAACAAAUUUACGGACAACAUUUGGAAAAUCUCUGUUUCCACUUCAAUAGAUUCUGAGUUUGUAAAUGAGACAUUAAAAUCUGUAAUCCAUAUGCUAUACACUGACGAAAACCCGAAGGAUCAGCAAAUAGCUAGAAUAUCAACCCAUAUUGUUGAGAACUCUAUACACAAAAUGGACAUUACAUCAACAAUUCAUGAUUUAUUUGACGUUUAUUCAGAUUCUGACACAUCCAUGGAAUCUCUGAACAACAAUUUAUCAAAAACCGAUGUUAUAAUUAGAUUAAAGGAGGACGAAGUCUGUUAUGGGCACGCAGUAGUACUAUCAAGUAGAUCAAUGUUCUUUAAUAUUGCUCUCAAUAAUCAUUUUAAGAUGGAUAUAGAAAAUGAAAAGAAAUGUAUAGAGUUACCUCACGUUUCAAAAGACCUGUUUAAACCAAUAUUAAGGUACUUAUAUGGCUUUCCAUUUGAAAAUAUCCUUGAUUUAGAGGUAUUAAAUAAGUCAUUUUCUGAAACACUAAACUUCUUAUUCGAGUUAUUAAUGGUCACGGAUGAAUUGAACUUAAUACCCCUGAAGAUAUACACAGAGUCUAUUUUAUCAAAGUACAUUAAUGGUAGCACCGUUGUCCCCAUAUUACUACAUUCAGUAAAUAAUAAUGCAUCAAUCUUACAAACAAAUUGUUGUAUUUUCCUUGCUCUUCAUAUUGGGAUUCUCUUUUGCAAAGAAAAUAUAGAACUGAUUGAUGAUUACUUUGAUGAUCAUAUUUGGGGUAGGCUUGAAUCCCAAUUAGCAUCAUUUGAAAGUGAUGAUCCCACACUUGCCACUCAUUUUUCGUGGUAUGAAACGAACGAUCUGAAUUGGAUUGAUACAUUUAAAUGCAAUAUUGCAAAAUUUAAUGCAAUUUUUAUGCACGGACCACAUCAAUUCGCACCAUUAUUCGAUCAGAAACCAGAUUUAAUUAGUAGUAGAAGAAGGUCGUCUACAAGAAGGUCAUCUUCUUCGAAUAAAAAUGCUGUACGUCGCUCAUCUGUGUACAAGGAGUCUAGGCAGUCAAGUAACGGGUCAUUUAGUGAUACCUCUCAAUUUCCUAUUCUUCUGAAAAACCCCUGGGGGUCAACAACGACUCUUGGGUCAGAGAAUUCAAGUGCAGUUGAAGAUGAUCCAUCAGACUUUGUGGAGGUCGUUAGAAAAUCGAAGAGAAAGUCUGUUGUUGACAAGAAAAGAAAGGACUCAGAGUCGUUACCUACUGAGUCGCCACUACCAUCCGCUGAAAUUUUAAUACAUCCUGAAGUGUCGGGGACUGGUAAUAGUUUACCCUCGUUAUUGAAUACUGGAAUUAUAGAUACUAAAACGGAAAAAGAAGAUACGAACGCUAAAAUUAGUGGCACAUUCAAAAAGAAUACCCAAAAACAAAGGAAAAAACUUCAGCUCAACAGCAAUCCUAUAAUUGAUAAUGAAUCUGGGGAAAAACAUGUGUGGGGGAAAUCUGGAAUUAAUAACGAUGCUGGGUCCAAAAGAGCUCAGAGUAAUGGUAAUGAAAAAUUGCCAUCAUUAUUUGAUGCAACUGUAAAUGAAAUCAAAUCAGCGCCAAAGAGAAGUAAGAGGAAGAAUAUACACAAGGAAGAGGCGAAGACAAUGUAUUCUGAAUUCGUCAGUACCGGUACUGGAGGUGGUAUUAAACCAUACAUGGUAUCUACAAAACAACAGGUAAAUGAAAUCAGUUCUGUCUUUGGUGAUAAAUCUGGUGAAGUAGUUAGCUCACUCGAAGAACAAAUUGCCGCUCUUGAGUUUGAAAAAUGGUUUGCCCAAGAGAGUGCCAAAGUUCAAAAGACGCUGAAAAGAAAGGUUUCAGCUGGUUCUGACAUUAAAAUUCUUUAUAGAGAUACGGAAAAUAUGCCGACAUUAAAUGGUACCUCAACUGGAAGUACUUCAAAAAGGAAAGUGAGAGGAAAUUUCAGGAAAAAAGAUAGGAAAUCUCUUGCAGAAAUUCUAUAA